AUGGAAAAGGAAAUUCAUACGGGGGAAUCCUCCCCUAGUGUUGAUCCCGAGACAUUGUUUAAGAUUUUGGAAACUUGUAAUGCCCGUCCGUCAGUCUCGGGACUGGACUGGGCUAAAGAAAAUUGGCAUAAUUUACAGAGUGUGGCAGAUCGUAUCUCUGCAUUACAAAAGGAGGCCAAGCGGCGAUUCAGGAAAGGCAAAGGCAUAGUCUGUGCGGUACUAGGAGCUUGCCUGGUGUCGGCGGCGCAGCACCGAGCUGACUGCCAGACCCAGAAAGGAAAAGUUAUCGCAUCUCUGCAAACAUUAGUCGAGUCGUUACAGGACCAAAUUGCUGGCCUUAAAAGAGAGAAUGUUGAGCUCCGGGAGAAAUUAGAGAGUGAAAAGGCUCACUCGGAUUCUUUGAAGUACGCUCUGUGGGAAGAGCGUACCUCUCGGUCUGAGCAAGGGGCAGAAGUGCGGAUGAAUGAAUUGGAAGAAAAGCGUGACUAUAUUAGGAGAGUGAGUCCCAUUUAUCCUCAAAAAGAGUUGCGGGAAGCUAAAGCCCGAUCAGAUAAAAUUCCACAGUUACGCCCCCUGAUUAAAAGGGAAUACUAUUAUGAGGACCCGGAUGAUGAACAACCUUCCUCGGUAACUAAGGAGGUCCCAUAUUCAGCCACCGAGCUGGCAAAGCUAAAGAAAGAAUUCGCACGUAACCCCAAAGAGUCAGAAACGGAGUAUGUGUGGCGAGUCUCUUUGUCCGGGGGUGACCAAAUUUUAUUAACUGAAAAAGAGGCUGAAGGAUACCGGGGACCCGGUGUCUUUUUAACUACUGGCGACCAGAGGGCCCCGUGGUCACUCACACAACGCGCCGCUUAUUGGGCUAGUGGAUUAGAUCCCCUAGAGAGGGGGGACCCAUUGGCUAUUGUUGGAACCAUGGAACAAAUAUUAGAGAGUGUACAGAAAGCAGCCUGUUUGCAAAUGAUGCACAACGGGCAGCUGAAUCCUUAUCAGGAGUCCCCAAUGUUAUUGACAGUGGAUCCGGAAAGGAUGACCCCAUUAAUUCGUGGGCUCCCUGAAUCCCUUAGACCUGUUGGGAUUCAACUGCAAGGACAAAUUAAAGCUACCAGCCCACUUGCGCGACUGGAAGAGAUCGUAACUCAAGAUCAUAACACCCAAAAGUCAAAAACAUGGACCUGGGGAGAGAUUGCACAGGAGCUGAUUAAUUAUGGCCGGAAAUAUGGGCCAAUUAAUCCCUCUCCUCAUCGGUCAGAAACUAAAGCAGUCCGAUGGGCAAGUCCGUCCCCUCGUGACAGACCCCCAGGAAAAGGAUUUAGACGUCCCCCACCUAACCUUAUUGCCCCGACGGCAAGGAGAGACCUUUGGCAUCUUGGUUGGCAAAAGGGGAUUCCGCGUGAAUUAAUGGAUGGAACCCCCACAGAUGUGUUGAGAAAAAUGGUGACUGCUUGGCCAGAUAAACCGCCCGUUUCCGCGGUGUGUGAGAAAUCUGCCUGUGAAGAAACAAUAGCCAGUGCCCCCCCACUCAUAGAUUUGAAGGACCCCAUUCUGACUAUGAAAGCCGAACAGGGAAACUAG